AAAAAGAGAUCUGUUGAACUAGGAGAACAAGUUAGACGAGGAGCAUUAUGGACUUUUCUGCAACAGUGAUCUUGGCGGGGCUAAUCGUAGCUCUGCUGUGGCUGUUCAGGGUCAAAAACAAAAAUAAUUAUAAAUUGCCUCCUGGACCCACUGCUCUGCCUGUCAUAGGAAAUUUGCCACAGCUGCAAAAAGAUGCACCUUUUAAAAGCUUUUUCAAGUUCAGUGAGACCUAUGGACCUGUGAUGACAUUUUACCUGGGCUGGCAGCGGACGAUUGUUCUGGUGGGAUACGAUGCAGUGAAAGGGGCUCUGGUGGACCAGGCGGAUGACUUCACAGGCAGAGGGCCACUGCCAUUUCUGAUGAAAGCGACCAAAGGCUACGGUUUGGGGAUCAGUAAUGGGGAGCGUUGGCGCCAGCUGCGACGCUUCACCCUGACAACCUUAAGAGACUUUGGGAUGGGACGCAAGGGGAUGGAAGAGUGGAUCCAGGAGGAGAGCACCCACCUGAGAGCCCGGAUAGAUACAUUUAAAGCCAAACCAUUUGACCCCACGUUCUUGCUGAGCUGCUCCGUAUCCAAUGUGAUCUGUGCUCUGGUGUUCGGUGAACGCUUCGAUUAUGAUGACAAGCAGUUCUUGAACCUGCUCAGCAUCAUAGCUGAUGUUUUAAGGUUUAACAGCAGCCCGAAGGGUCAGAUGUAUAACGUCUUCCCCUGGCUCAUGGAGCAUCUGCCCGGCCAGCAGCACAAGGUUUUUGCUCAGGUUGAGGAGUUGAGAGGGUUUGUCAAAACGAAGAUCCAAGAGCACAAAGAGACACUGGAUCCCAGCUCCCCAAGAGACUUCAUCGACUGCUUUCUCAUCCGAAUGAAUCAGGAAAAGGACAUACCUACAAGUGAGUUCCAGUUUGAAAACUUGGUCGCCACAGUGCUUAAUCUAUUCCUGGCAGGGACAGAAACCACCAGCUCCACCAUCAGAUAUGCCCUCAGCGUGCUGAUCAAAUACCCCAGCAUUCAAGAGAAAAUGCAGCAGGAGAUCGACACUGUGAUUGGACAAAAUCGUGGUCCCAACAUGGAGGACAGGAAGUCCCUCCCCUUCACAGAUGCAGUCAUUCAUGAGGUGCAGCGUUUUCUGGACAUUAUCCCCUUAAGCCUCCCUCACUACACACUCCAGGACGUCUCUUUCAGGGGUUACACAAUCCCCAAGGACACUAUUAUUAUUCCCUUGUUGCACUCUGUGCUAAAAGAAGAAAAGCAAUGGGAAACUCCCUGGUCCUUCAACCCCAAGCACUUCUUGGACCAGAAUGGCAACUUUAGCAAAAAUCCUGCAUUCCUGCCAUUUUCUGCAGGAAAGAGAGCCUGUGUUGGGGAGUCUCUUGCUCGUAUGGAGCUUUUUAUCUUCAUGGUGUCUCUGCUGCAGCAUUUCAACUUCUCCUGCACUGAAGGUCCUGACAGUAUAAACCUCGUUCCAGAGUUCAGCGGCUUUGCCAAUUUGCCUCGCAGGGACCUGAUCAUAGCCACGAUGCGCAGCGAUGCCCGGGCGGUGAGGGCGGUGUGCCUGCUGAUGGGAGGAGCAGCGGCCUCCUCGGCUAUGGGCUACCUCAGCUCCUGCUCCCCCUCCUCCCCCGUAGCUACCAGAGCCCCCGAGAUCACCAACGGCUCAGGGAGCUUCUCUGAGCUUUCCGCUGGAGGCUCCUACCACGCCUGCAGCCAGGACGUCGACUCUCCACACUUCAACAGCUUCAACUUUGAAGGAGACUCUGACUUUGAUGCAACCUGCAUUCUUGGGAAGUUCAUGGGAACUCCGGUUAUGCCUACCCCUCUGUCUGGGGCUUCGGCCAUCCCGAGAGUUCUGUUCGGGUCUGGUGGUUAUCAGUACUUCAGGUUGGGAACUACCCUGUGGCUGGCUCCUUCCUUCACCCCCCUGGUUCUGUUGUCUAUUCUGCCGACGAGGAGCAUUAUGGACUUUUCUGCAACAGUGAUCUUGGCGGGGCUAAUCGUAGCUCUGCUGUGGCUGUUCAGGGUCAAAAACAAAAAUAAUUAUAAAUUGCCUCCUGGACCUACUGCUCUGCCUGUCAUAGGAAAUCUGCCACAGCUGCAAAAAGAUGCACCUUUUAAAAGCUUUUUCAAGUUCAGUGAGACCUAUGGACCUGUGAUGACAUUUUACCUGGGCUGGCAGCGGAUGAUUGUUCUGGUGGGAUGCGAUGCAGUGAAAGGGGCUCUGGUGGACCAGGCGGAUGACUUCACAGGCAGAGGGCCACUGCCAUUUCUGAUGAAAGUGACCAAAGGCUACGGUUUGGGGAUGAGUAAUGGGGAGCGUUGGCGCCAGCUGCGACGCUUCACCCUGACAACCUUAAGAGACUUUGGGAUGGGACGCAAGGGGAUGGAAGAGUGGAUCCAGGAGGAGAGCACCCACCUGAGAGCCCGGAUAGAUACAUUUAAAGCCAAACCAUUUGACCCCACGUUGUUGCUGAGCUGCUCCGUAUCCAAUGUGAUCUGUGCUCUGGUGUUCGGUGAACGCUUCGAUUAUGAUGACAAGCAGUUCUUGAACCUGCUCAGCAUCAUAGCUGAUGUUUUAAAGUUUAACAGCAGCCCGAAGGGUCAGAUGUAUAACGUCUUCCCCUGGCUCAUGGAGCAUCUGCCCGGCCAGCAGCACAAGGUUUUUGCUGAGGUUGAGGAGUUGAAAGGGUUUAUCAAAACGAAGAUCCAAGAGCACAAAGAGACACUGGAUCCCAGCUCCCCAAGAGACUUCAUCGACUGCUUUCUCAUCCGAAUGAAUCAGGAAAAGGACAUACCUACAAGUGAGUUCCAGUUUGAAAACUUGGUCGCCACAGUGUUUAAUCUAUUCCUGGCAGGGACAGAAACCCCCAGCUCCACCAUCAGAUAUGCCCUCAGCGUGCUGAUCAAAUACCCCAGCAUUCAAGAGAAAAUGCAGCAGGAGAUCGACACUGUGAUUGGACAAAAUCGUGGUCCCAACAUAGAGGACAGGAAGUCCCUCCCCUUCACAGAUGCAGUCAUUCAUGAGGUGCAGCGUUUUCUGGACAUUAUCCCCUUAAGCCUCCCUCACUACACACUCCAGGACGUCUCUUUCAGGGGUUACACAAUCCCCAAGGAAACUGUUAUUAUUCCCUUGUUGCACUCUGUGCUAAAAGAAGAAAAGCAAUGGGAAACUCCCUGGUCCUUCAACCCCAAGCACUUCUUGGACCAGAAUGGCAACUUUAGCAAAAAUCCUGCAUUCCUGCCAUUUUCUGCAGGAAAGAGAGCCUGUGUUGGGGAGUCUCUUGCUCGUAUGGAGCUUUUUAUCUUCAUGGUGUCUCUGCUGCAGCAUUUCAACUUCUCCUGCACUGAAGGUCCUGACAGUAUAAACCUCGUUCCAGAGUUCAGCGGCUUUGCCAAUAUCCCUCGCAGGGACCUGAUCAUAGCCACGGCGCGGUGAAAAGAGGAGCUUCACUCAGAUAUUCUCAUCGAUUGACGCACUCUCAGUCACUCAUAAACACAUCUAUACGACAUCAUUUGCUUUACAUUCAUGAAGAAAUGUUUGGUUGAAUGUACUUGCUAUAAACCUGCCUGUUAAAGUAGACAGAUCCAUCAGGCUGAAAAUGUAAUGGAAAGCUUCAUUCCAGGCAUUAAUUUAUUUUGCCUUUUCUCUUACAGUGUAUUUAUUUUUGUUUUUAUAUUAAUCCUGUUUUGCUUUCUUGCACAACAAAAAAUGAGAAUGAACUCUAUAAUAAAAUUGCAACAUGGCUGCCAUAA